UCAGGAGGUGAUGGCGUUGCGUGCGUGUGGAUUCAUUGUGUUUCGUCGGCUGUCACAGUCUUCGGUUCCCCAGCACAACAUUGAGUACCUCCUCUUACAGACUUCAUAUGGCAAGCACCACUGGACCCCACCCAAAGGUAUGGUGCAUAUCAGUGGCAUGUUCGUUUUCAUACCCUCUAGGCUUGUUAUAACAGGCAUAAUAUCACUCUUAUGAGGGUCAUAAGGGUCUAUUGAUGGCAGGCUACAUAUUUUAGUAGCUAACACUUUGCUUGAGGUGUAGCCUACUGUCAAUAGUCCCCUUGUGAGAGUUUUAUAAGUGUGACAUUACAUUAUGCCUGUUAAAACAGACCUAGAGUAUGAAAAUCAACAUGCCACUCAUGGCAUCUGACCCAUGUCAUGUUUUGUGACACGUUCUCUAAUGUGCAGAAUAAGGUGUAGAAUUCAUGCUCUAUUCUACCUUGCACUAUCUUUGGUCCCAUACCAAAUCGAGAAACACAACAAUACAUUUUGUUAUGUCGUGCUGGGUCGUAUUCAUUAGGGCACACCGUAGCAAAACAUUUUGUAACAGAAAAUGAAAAAGAAGAGAUUCUGAUUGGUCAAGGCCAGGAAGUCCCUCCCUAUUUGUCUGUUUUCUUUUGUUUGGUGUCCAAUGAACACAACCCUGUGCUGGUCUCUAGGCCACGUGGACCCUGGGGAGGAUGAUUUCACCACCGCUCUGAGGGAGACGCAGGAGGAAGCAGGGCUGGGGGAGGAGCAUCUGCAGGUGGUACAUGGCUUUCUCCAGGAGCUGUGCUACGAGGUGAGAGGGCGGCCCAAGACGGUUCUGUACUGGCUCGCGGAGCUGAGGGACCCCAAGAUGGCCGUCACGUUGUCGGAGGAGCACCAGGACUACCGCUGGGCCAAGCUGGAGGAGGCCUGCUCCCUGGCCCAGUACAAAGACCUGCAGAACACCCUGAGGGCAGCACAGCAACACCUAGACGCAGAGCAGGGGAAACAUUAA